AACUCGGCGCUAGUGUAUGUUACAGUAUGUCAGGCGAAAUGAAACAAUACUGGCGCUCGAGUUGAUCGCAAAGGCCUGAAAGAGGAGGGGUGCAACAUGAGCAGUCAGGAGGAGCUCUGUCAUGACUGGAUGGACAGCCAUGAUGGAUCUUCUCCACCUAGAAAAGCCAGAACCAGUUUCGGAGGGUUCCGUCACCAUCUCUCUCUGGGAGACUGCAGCCUCAAAUCGGACCCUUCUGUCCAGGAAACCACAGAGCUCUUCCCGCUCAUGGAGACCAAACUGUACAAGCGGCGUUGGGUUAUGCUCUUCCUCUUUUGCGUCUAUUCCAUGAGCAACGCCAUGAUGUGGCUGCAAUAUGGCAUCAUCAGCAACAUCUUCAUGCACUUUUAUGGUAUCGAUGACCUGGCAAUCAACUGGCUGUCUAUGAUUUAUUUCGUCACCUACAUCCCUCUCAUCGUGCCUGUCACGUGGCUGCUGGACAACCGAGGCCUCAGGGAGGUCGUCGUGGUGGGAUCCGCCUUCAACUGCAUCGGCGCUUGGAUCAAAACGAGCACGGCUCACCCCGACUUGUUUGCUGUGGCCUUCGUCGGACAGUUUGUGUGUUCAGUGGGGUCUGUUUUCCUCCUUGGCAUGCCAUCCAAACUAGCUUCUCUGUGGUUUGGGCAACAGGAGGUGUCCAUGGCCUGUUCUCUUGGCGUUCUGGGAAGCCAGAUGGGCAUUGCGAUUGGGUUUCUGAUCCCCCCCAUCCUCGUGCCUAAUGUUGACAAUGUGGAGGAGCUGGCACACCACAUCAAGAUCAUGUUCUACAUCAGCGCUGGUGUGGCCACCAUCAUUUUCAUCCUUGUGAUCAUUGUGUUCCAAGAGAAACCAGAGCUCCCUCCCACGCAGGCCCAGGCUCAGGCCAGGUGCAUCCCUCCAGAGAGCUACUCCUAUCUGGCUUCAAUUUGGAGGCUGCUGCGCAACAAGCCUUUCAUGCUGCUGGUGGUCAGCUAUGGACUGAAUGUUGGCUGCUUUUAUGCUGUGUCCACACUUCUGAACCGAAUGAUCAUUGAACACUAUCCUGGUGAGGAGGUGAAUGCAGGUCGGAUUGGGUUGACCAUUGUCAUUGCAGGCAUGGUGGGAUCACUCAUCUGUGGAAUUUGGCUGGACAAGACUAAAACCUACAAACAGACCACGCUGGUCGUAUAUGUGCUGUCCCUGAUUGGGAUGCUGGUGUACGCCUCCACGCUCAACCUGGGCCACCUAUGGGUAGUGUUUGUCACAAGUGGAGUUUUAGGCUUCUUCAUGACAGGAUACCUUCCUUUGGGCUUUGAAUUUGCAGUAGAGCUCACCUAUCCAGAAUCAGAGGGAACCUCAUCUGGUCUCCUCAACUGUUCAGCUCAGAUCUUUGGAAUCAUCUUCACCAUCGCCCAGGGAAAGAUUAUUGACCGAUGGGGCACUUUGGCAGGAAACAUUUUCCUGUGUAUAUUCCUUUUAAUAGGAGCUAUCAUGACUGGAUUCAUUAAGUCCAACCUCCGGAGGCAAAAGGCCAACCUACAGGCUGGUGGGCAAUCAGUGAGUCCUGCAGGCUCAGAGGCAUCGGUUCAGGACUACGGGGGCACAUCUUGCAGCAACCCCUGGCAGCGGCAGUCCUGAUAUAUACUUACAAGAUCACUAAAAACCAAAACCCACACCUGCCAAGGACAUGACCACUGUUCUAGAUGAAAGCCUACCAACUCGGAAAUCCCAAAAGAAGGACUUUUAAGUAGGAAUACAGGAAGAAAUGGGAUGCAUUCCAGUGUGAAAGCCUUGGCGAGGAUGAUUGGUGGCUGUACCAACCAAGUAAACUUCAACGGCUGUGCCAUAAGGACACCAAACUGUAGACGCAACAUACAUCCUCAUACAGAUCCAAAAAUAAGCACAAGAACAAUGCACUUAGAACCUCUUUGUUUAUAGCUUAAACAUCAAGUGACGUAUGACCUUUUCAUGUCCUCUAACGUCAAACUUUUCAACCCAGUGCUCUACUACUACAACUACUACUAUUACAGAACUUCUGUCAGUCAUCAAUAUUAUAACUCCGUUCAAGCUUUACUUUGCAGAAGCAUUUUUAGAACAUCAAGAGCACUGUGAUGUGUUUUAACAUCAUGGCAGCUGGAAGGUUUUCUGCUUGUCAUUCCGGAUCCCGGGGCAGUAUUACCAACCAAUUCAACUGACUGCAAUAACAGUUGAUGCUGUGCGACUUGUGUACACUUUGGAAGGUCAGUUUUGUCACCCCCCUGACCUGGCAGACAUAAAACUUUUUCAUUUAUUCAUUUUCUGUACUGCUUAUCCUCACUAAGGUUGCGGGCGUGCUAGGCCCUAUCCAAGCUAUCUUUGGGCUAGAGGUGACCCCGAACUGGUCGACAGCCAAUUGCAGGGCACAAGUAAACAAACAGUAAUUCGCACUCACAUUCACAACUACGGGCAAUUUAGAGUCUCCAAUUAACCUACCACGCAUGCUUUUGGGAUGUGGGAGGAAAUCGGAGUAGCUGGAGAAAACCAACGCAGGCACGGGGAGAACAUGCAAACUCCACACAGGCGAGGCCGGAUUUGAACCCGGGUCCUCAGAACUGUGAGGCAGAUAUGCUAACCAGUCGUCACCGUGCCACCCACAUUGAAACUUGAGGAUUGAUAUUUGGAUCAUUAUGAAAGAAGAGGAGAUGAAUUGAAUCAGCUAUUUUGCACAAGAAAAACACCAAAUAUUUUACUAAUUAAAAAUAUGCUUUGCUUGUAAACUCAUUACAGAGAAAUGCAUAGUUUGUGAUACUUAUUUCAGUUUAUAUGUUGGGGAUUUUUGUCUUGUGGAUUCUCUGUUACAGAUUAUGUGAUUGGUGGAGUUGCUAAUUUAUCAUUUUAUGGAAUUAUAGGUCUUUGAAAAAAGCUGUGAACGAGAUUUCACUCCUUGAUAAUUCAAACACAUUAAAUAAAUUAUUCCUAUUGGGGACCUCAUAUGA